AUGGCGGUUGUGAAUGGCAGUAAGACAGUGGGUGAAAGGGUUAGGAGGAUAGGUCAAUCGGCAGGAAACAGAAAUGGAAAUGGGGAUGGAAAUGGGAAUGGAGAUGGAAAUGGUAAUGAUUUAGGAGGUGCUCUAAUGACUUUGGCUUCAUUUCUGAAAGUUCACCCACCGACUUUCAGAGGUUUGAACAACUCAACUGAAGCGGACAAUUGGUUUCGAGCUAUAGAGCGUGCACUACAGGUUCAGCAUGUCCCGGCUAACCAAUAUGUAGAGUUCGCAGCCUAUCAAUUGUUAGGAGAGGCGCAACAUUGGUGGCAAGAAGAGUGCCAAUUGCUGCGACUUUUGAAUGCAGAGAUUCCUUGGGAUGUGUUUCAAAUGGCAUUCUAUAGGAAGUAUUUUCCGGAGUCGGUGAGAGAAGCAAGGGAGCUAGAGCUUAUGCAGCUGAAGCAAGGCUCAUUGUCUGUAGCCGAAUACACUAGUAGGUUUGAGGAACUUUGUAGGUUCUCUAGGGUGUGUCAAGGUUCCCCGGAGUCCUAUGAGAGUUGGAAGUGCAUUAAAUAUCAAGAGGGCUUGAAGAUAACAUUAUGA